CGGGGCUGAGCCGCCGCCGGAACCAAAAACCCAGCGGCCGCAGGGCGCGCCCGCAGCACGGGAGGGAGGAUGGGCUGCGGCGGGAGCCGGGCGGAUGCCAUCGAGCCCCGUUACUACGAGAGUUGGACUCGGGAGACGGAGUCCACCUGGCUCACCUACACCGACUCGGACGCGCCGCCCAGCAACGCCGCCCCGGACAGCGGCCCCGAGGCGGGCGGCCUGCACGCGGGUGUGCUGGAAGAUGGCGUGACCUCCAACGGCAUGCCCCGAUCGACAGCCCCGAGUGGAACAUCCAACCCAGAGAAGAAGAUGAGCUGUGGCACCCAGUGCCCGAACCCUCAGAGCCUCAGCUCAGGCCCCCUGGCCCAGAAACAGAACGGCCUCCGGACCGCAGAGGCUAAAAGGGACACUAAGCGGACGUCUGCAAAAGAAGUCACCAUUAAUGUCGCAGACAGCAUCCGACAAGUGGACAGAAGUUGAAGAAUCACAAAGAACUGCAUCAACUAGCAGAGUGUUCCCCCAGCUGAAGGGCAGAGGGACUUACUUCGUACCCAUCACAUCCUGGAUAUCGUCAAGGAACCUUGAAGAAGAGGUUGCCCUUGCUGCGUGGGAGCACGGCCAAGGGCUUUGGGAUGCUGUCUUCACCUGUUGAGACAUUCUCAGCCUCCUGUAUAUCACAUAAAUGCACUGGCACAGUAUUCCCAUAGGGUAAUAAACCACAAAUAUGUGUUCAGUUUGCCUCUUGUAACUCCUGCAGUGUGGUCUGAUAGAAAAAGGGUGAGCAAAAGCCACGGGCCAGUUUAGGGAACAGAAAAGUAGGAGGGGUAGGUUUCCGGCUGAGUCAGUUCUGUGCUCUCCUGGCCACGGUAGUAUGCCCUGCUUAAGGCCAACUUAUUCCUUCAUUCUUCCUUUUUUAAAAAUACUACAUCACAAAGCUUACUUAAAAGCUGGCUUUCACCCAACUUUCUUGAAUGAGGAAUCAAGAAACAGGAAAACUGUUACUCUUGUUUCCUUAGCUCAGCAUGAGACAGAUUCAGAUCCAUUUUUAUAUGAACCAACCCCACCAACAGCCAGCAUGUCCCCAGGAGGCCUCAGUGAUACAGUCACACCCAUUUCUCUCUCACCUGUCUUCAGCAUCCCCCCAGGCUGGGGUCCACAUCAGCCUCUGAACAACAAUGUUACAAUUUUGGUCACUUCAGAUGCCCUCAGGGCUCUGCAGAUGUUGCAUUUUUCCAGUUUUUCACUUAGCUUGUUCUUUUGAGUAUUUUUUCCCCCCAGUAAAACCUUUGGCCCAAUCGAAGAGUGGGCUCACAAGAGGGAGAAAAUCUGGGACCUUUUGGCUUCCCUUAGGCCUCUUUGCACAGCUCAGGACUGUGUCAUUUGGUAUCUGCAAAGAAAUCCUUUUAGAAGUUAGUACCUGGUUGGUGUGAAGUCACGUGGGCUUUAGAUCAACAUGUACUCUGUUAGAAGUCAAGUAGCUGAGGGGGUAAAUAAAAAAAAUUUUUUUGAUAGGAAUAAAAUUUUCUAGCAUUUCUUUAAACAUGUUAAGUGGAUGUAUUUUCCUCCAAAAUAAUAUAGCCUGAUUUUUAAAGGACUGUCAACAUGCCUGAGGUUGGGAAAGGCAGGACUAAAGUUGUACUGAAUGAUACCAAUAAACUCCGUGUUUAGCAGAAAUGCGCAGUCUGAUGGUGUAUGUUUAUCUAACAUAGUCCAGAGAAUUGACACGAGCUGGCUAAAAAUUCAGAUCCUUGGCCUCCUUACCUGCCAGCUAUGUUAUUCCUCAAACACAAGCAGGCAGUGUCCUUCCUCCCUUCAGUGGAUUGUAUAUUUAUUCACUAAACAUUAAAUGACAACGCUGUGUAAGGCAGAUGCUGAGAGAUUUAGAGUCUGGCCAGUCACUGCUGUGGCCUUCCCAGGUGGCGCUAGUGGUAAAGAACCCACUUGCCAAUGCAGAAGAUGAAGAGACACGGGUUCAAUCCCUGGGUGGGGAAGAGCUCCUGGAGAAAAAAAAAAAAAUGGCAACCCACUCCAGUAUUCUAUCCUGGAGAAUCCCAUGGACAGAGGAGCCUGAUAGGCUGUGGCCAUAGGGUCACAAAGAGUCAGACACAACUGAAGUGACUUAGCACACAUGCAUGAAGUCGCAGUUGUAUAUCCUAAAUCUGACAGUGAACUUAAUAAGUAGGAGGCUGGUUUAGACGCUGAGAUAUAUGUGGUGUGAAUUGCUCUGUGAAAUAUAUAACCUCACUUUUAUAGUCAAGCUAGGUUUCUCCCAAACUCCAGAUCUGGGCUUCCUUCUGAUCACUCUACAAGACUCCAUCAUUCACAAAACUACAGUUUUCCCAAGUCUUUAUCAUUUUGUGAUUCUUUGAGAAAGGGCUUUUAGAGAACUUCAGGUUCUGAAACUUUUAGAAAUAAUAAUAAAGCAAAACCUGUGACUCUGGCGUCCCCUCUGGCAUUACUCAGCAGGAGCCACCCACUGCCAAAGUUUGGCGUUCGUCCACCCACUGCCAAAGCUUGGCGUUCGUCCACCCACUGCCAAAGCUUGGUGUUCAUCGACCUUGCAGAUUCAAGGGCUCAUGCGCGGUGUUUCUGUGCAAGGUGCUCCUGCACCAGUCACCCUGCCAGUCGCCAGCUAAGCCCCCUUCCUCUUUGCAACCUUGUUUUUUGCGUCACUUAACUAUUGUACAUUGUUUGGAAUUUAUUAACUUGAGAGGGUGUCUCUGGUUUAUCUAGAAACUGUUUCCACUUCUGGGGGAGAGGGGAAUGAAGGGCAAUCUUUCCGGCUCCAGAACAAUCUGGAUCUCACCCAAGACCAGAAGUUAAACCUUGUUACUGGAAAUGCAUCUGGCAACUUUUUCAGGCAUCUGUGAUUCAGGAAGAUUCUUACUGUCCUGUUACUGUAACACUUUCUAUUGCAAAGUUUGUGUCAAUAAAGUCAU